UUCCCGAGCGAGCAGAGCUGCGAGGGACAGAACUGUGAUUACAGUAUAACGGUGUCCACGAGGAGACUCUCUAACAGACACUCACUUAUCCAGGGCUCGGGAACUUCUGUACAGCUCCAGGACACAAAGUUGCCUCAAGUGUUGACUUGGGAGAGGGAAAAAAACAACCUCAUCCAAGUGGCCAUUGUUAUCUGCUUUAUUUCUACUCGAGGGAGAAAAUAAGAACAAAUACAAGAAGAACAAUAGAAGCAAACAUGUCGAAAGCUCUGUUGAGAAGAAACUCCAGCAAGAAGGGUUUACAAAACCUGAUGAGACUAAUGACUCAAAGGAGCAUCGAGGAUGCUGAGGAGGUGGAGAGGGAGCGGCGCCGGAGAGCUCGCGAGUCCAUGCACCGAAGAAACAGUGACUUGACUCCUGAGGACUCGUCACCAGAGAGCGAGUUGCUAGCAGAAGAUAAUAUUUUUGACAGGGACCUGAAGGCGAGCAGUUCUCUAUCUCUGGAGGAAGAUGAGGGCUUCAGUGAUUGGACUCAACGCAGGGAAAGACAGAGGCAGAAGCGCCUGCAGGAGCUCAACCUGGGGGGUGAGGAAGAAGAGGAUGACAAGGCCAACUUGAUGAACAAAUCUGUACCCAUAAAGACUACUCAAGCAUCCAUCAUGUCCACCAGUCAACAUCAAAGACAAGCACACGAAGAGAUUGCCAGGGUCAGAAAGGAGGAUGAGAGGAGGAAGGAGAGUGAGGAGAAAGCAAUUAGAGAGAAAACGAGGGUAGAAGAAAAUAGGAGGACGGAGAUACUGAUACCAAUCAGUAAGGAGGAUAUCCAAAGCCCAAAUACAGAGGUGGAGGGGAAAAAAGAAAUCAAAGUCUCCUACACAUCGAAGGCUUUCAUUCGCCAAGAGCCAAAACACACCACCUCCAACAGCAAUGUGACCACUGUGAAAGUGAUGCCACACACCAGGACGAACAGAUCCAUCAGAAGAACUGUGGGACCAGACGAGGAAGAGACCAUCCCAGAGACAGCGCACCGAUUAGGCAAGAUCCGCCAAAGCCUGCAAGAGAAGGAAAGCCAAGAACUGGAACAACUGAGACAUAGACAGACUGAAGCCGAGCAGGAGCUCGAAGAGCUGAAGAGAAGGAGGGAAGAGAGACGCCAAGUUCGAGAGGAAGAGGAGCGUCAGAAGGAGGAGGAAGAACAACAACGGCUGGCCAAAGAAGAAGAGGAACGAAGACAAAUGAAGGAAGAUAUUGAGAGAAGGAGGAUGGAAGCAGCAGAGAGGAUCAGGAACCUAAGCACAUCCAGCGUGGAGGGAGAUGAGCUGUUCAGUCCUCUCAGUCCCAAGAUUUCCACAAACAAGAUCACAGAAAAAACAGAGUCCCUGAACCGUUCACUAAAGAAAAGUAACAGCUUUAAGAAGACGCAUCCUCUUCUCCUGAUGUCCAAGAUUGACGACAAGAUGGAGCAGUACGCCCACGCUGUUGAGAACUCUCAAGAACCCAGAGCAGUGAAGCUUUCUGGGACUGACCUGCCCAACUCACCGGAGAUUGUUGCCUACAAGAAAAACCUGUUUGAAGCCGGAGAAGCCUGGAGCCAGAGUCAGAACAGGGCGGCCACCUGCAAGGAUGUUAAGUCUGGAGAUGUGAUGCAGAAGAAGAACAUGUGGGAGAUCAUAGGAGACUCAUCGGGAAAGUCAGAAGCCAGAGUGAAGGGUUCAGCAGCUGGUAAAAAGUACAAAUUUGUUGUCACUGGUCAUGGCAAAUAUGAGAAGAUUUAUGUGGAUGACCAGACCCAACGUGACUUCAAUGGAAAGUCUGAUUUAUUUCACAGCGAUUGCUGAGGGGAUCUUGGGGCCUUCAGUUACUACAGUACCUUCAUCAAGAGCCCACGUCCUCUAACUGAAUCAGCUCUGCAAUAGUUACAGUCUCAGUAUUUUGGUUUUUUCAAUACAGUAUAUCAAAUGAAUCACCUCUUACGGUCUCAGUUGAAAGCACAAUCCAAAACAUUUGAUUAUUAAAUGUUUAUUUUUGUCAAAUUUCCAUUCUGUGUUUUAUGGCAUUCUGUUCUGACUGUUAUGUACUGUUAUGUAUUUGGCUGUGGGCUAAUGUAAGUUUUACCAUUUCUGUUUGCUUGUAUUCAACAGUUGUUUUUUUUUGCCUUUCAUUUUUAUGCUCUAAUUGAUGUCAUGAUGGUGUGUUGGGAUACUUGUCGGACUAAAAGUGUUCUAAAUAAGUGUUAAAAUGUAUGUUAAAAUGUAGAGAUGGAUGAUGCUAUUAGUUUACCUGUUCAGCACUUACACUUUGGCUAAACAAAAAUUUGCCAAAAUUGACAUCAUCAGUAGUCUUACAAAAAACUUUAUGAGGCACAUCCUUUAUGAACAUCUGGAAUCUAUUAGUUAUGAAUGUUUUAACACAAUGAUGCCCUCAUCUCUCUUUGUUCUACCCAAACUUAUUUCAUUUGUUAUAGCCAUUUUUUGAGUCCCAAACCCACCUGUAUUUGUUGUUUUUGUCAAUGAAAAUAAUUUCAUAUUUUCUCAUUUUUAUGUCAGACACAUGAAAAUAAACUCAAUUACACAAUACAUGU